ACUAAUCCGACCCUUCUAAACUGCUGGCUGGUCCUAUCGUGUUCCCUUUCAGUUCUACGGAUUCUAAAAUUGGACUCCUGCGGACCACAGAUUAAAGGUGAAAGUUUAUUAUCAUCGCGAUGGACGGUGAUGAUACAGCGUUGAUACUUGACAACGGCUCUGACAGUCUGAAAGCAGGUUUCUCCUGUAACGACGAACCUCAAGUUUGCAUACCCUCGCUAAUUGGCCGUCCACGAACGGAGUUUUUGAAUCACAUUACAUUCAACCCAAAUCUGAAGGAUCGCUACGUCGGCAGCGAAGCUGAAAUUAAUCGGGAUAUUCUUGCGAUGAAUCACCCGGUAGAGAACGGAAUCAUCGUGCAUUGGGAUGACAUGCAAAAGCUUUGGCAGCACACAUUUGACAAACUGGAUGCCUCCCCAAAGGAGCAACCUAUUCUCUUAACAGACAUCCCUAGCAAUUUCAAAUCCAACAGAGAAAGAAUGGCUGAGAUCAUGUUUGAGACGUUCAGUUGCCCAGCAAUGUACAUCUCAAUCCAAGGUGCACUGUCUUUACACUCCUAUGGUCUUGUUACUGGUGUUUCUGUGGAUUGUGGGGCCGACAUUACACAGAUUACACCAAUCAUAGAUGGUUACUCAAUUCCCAGUGUCUCAAGCUGCCUUCAUUUGGGCGGCAAAGACUUGACAUUAUAUCUACUAGAGCGUUUAGCUGAGAAUGGCACGAUAUUCUAUGGCAAGCAUUGCAUUCAAGAUGUACGGAGAAUUAAGGAAAAGUUGUGCUAUGUUGCUGAAAACUUUGAUAAGGAGAUUCACAGAGCUGGAAAAUCAGGUUCCCAGAAGAUAUACACACUACCAGACAACAAUAAAAUUUCCAUGGGAAAUGAACAAUUCUGUUGUCCAGAAGCACUCUUUCAACCUCAAAUUCUCGGAAGAAAUUUUGACGGAAUUCAUGUAAUAUGUUGCAAGAACAUUAUCAAGUCCAAACAAAGUGACGAAAUAAAAAAAGACCUGUUUGGUAACAUAGCAUUGUCAGGCGGGUCAAGCCUGUUUCCAGGACUAGCAGACAGGCUUUUGAACGAGAUCAACAUGCUUGUGCGGACAGAUGUACAACCUCGGGUUCUUGAUGUUUCAAGUAGAAAAAACAAUGUCUGGAUCGGGGGAUCAAUUAUUGCAUCUUUGACUGUGUUUCAAGACAUGUGGUUGACGAGACAGGAUUAUGAAGAAAAUGGACCUUCCUUUGUCCACAAAAAAUGCAUAUGACAUGCCGUAGCAUAUAGUUUUUGCAAACAAGGGGGAAAUAAACACAUAGCCACAUAGAAAUAUAUGUGUUCGCAUGUUUAUAUUAUGUACGUAUAUUCACAAUUCUGUAUAUUAAAAAGGAAUAAAAUAC